AUGGGAAGUGCAGCGCUAAACUUCCUCUGCCCUACAGAUCAUCCCAGAACGAAUGGACCAUGCCUCAAAAGCCUUCAUGAAGACUCCUCAGAGCAAUCGACGGAGUACUGGGUGAAUAAAGCCCAAAAUAUACUUGCCGAGAAGCUGAAGCAAACUUCGCACCUGAAUACGAAUCGCGCCAAGAAUAUUAUACUCUUUCUCGGCGAUGGCAUGUCUGUGCAGACAACUACCGCCACGCGCGCCUUUCUUGGCGACAGCUCCGAACAGGUCUAUUUCGAUCGAUUCCCUUACACUGGACUCUCGAAGACUUACGCUGUCGAUAAGCGCGUACCGGACUCCGCCUCGACGGCGACCGCCUACCUGAGUGGCGUGAAGGGAAACUAUGGUACGAUUGGUGUUAAUGCACAAGUGCCGAAGUAUGAUUGCGAUUUAGCAGCCGAUCCGAGCACACACACGGAAAGCAUGGCCAAGUGGGCACAAGAUGCUGGUAAGUGGACGGGUCUGGUGACAACUGCGCGUGUUACACACGCUUCACCAGCGGGAGUUUAUGCGCACACCGCACAACGUGGCUGGGAAUACGAUGCUGCGAUAGAGAAAGACGGUUGUAGCGCAACAAAGAAUGUGGACAUUGCACGCCAGCUAGUUGAAUGGCCAGUGGGUAAAGGUUUGCGCGUGAUUAUGGGUGGCGGACGGCGUAAUUUCAUCGAUGAGAGUUAUUCCGAUGAAGAGGAGGCGGAAGGUAGACGUACCGAUGGACGUAACUUAAUCGAAGAGUGGUUGGAGGAUAAGCGGGAGCAGUGCGUCCGCGCAAAAUAUGUGUGGAACAAGGAGGGUUUGAAUAAUGUGGAUUUUAACGACACAGAAUAUUUGUUGGGUCUCUUUGCCUCGUCGCAUUGUCCCUACCAUGGCGACUUGGAACGCAAGAACUUGACAGACAGCGUGCCAUCUUUGAGUGAAAUGACACAAGCGGCCAUCGAACUGUUGAGUCAAAGUGAAGAGGGCUAUUUCUUAUUUGUAGAGGGCGCUAGGAUCGACAUGGCGCACCAUGUAACACGCGCUCAUCUCUCGUUAGAGGAAACUGCAGAAUUCGCGCGUGCCGUGGAAUUGGCGCGCAAUCUGACAAGUGAGGAAGACACAUUGAUCGUAGUGACCGCAGAUCAUUCACACACAAUGACAAUCAAUGGAUAUCCGACACGCGGCUCCGACAUUUUCGGUCUGGCUCCCGCCAACGCAGAUGAUGACUUACCCUACACCAUACUUUCCUAUGCUAAUGGUCCCGGUUUCUCAAAGACAUACUCUUCCAAGAAUGGCCGAAAAGAUUUGAGCGAUGCUGAUUUAGACGAUCCUAGUUACAAAUAUAUGGCAACUGUGCCCUUGGAAUCCGAGACUCAUGGCGGUGACGAUGUGGCAGUAUAUGCUUCAGGUCCCUACGAGCACUACUUCUCUGGCAACUAUGAACAGUCGAAUAUACCAGCGCUGAUGGCAUAUGCAGCCAAUAUUGGUCCUUUCCAGCAGUCCACUCUGAUCACGAAAGUUAAUUUAACGGAAAAAUAUGCGAGAAGUAUACCAAAGCGCUUAGUAAAGCUGUGAUUUCAACACAGAUGUUUCGU